AUGGUUUUCUUUGUUUCAGAAAUUGAAAUCGAGGAAGAAUUCAAGUACAUUCCACCAGAGGCACUGCAAUCUUACGUAAGCAUCAGUCCUCUUUCAUCGCCAUUAAAACGUGCCAGCGGUCACAAAUGUACCAGGUGCAGACAAACUUUUAAAUGGAAGGAUAACUUGUAUCGACAUUUGCAAGAAGAAUGUAGUGGGCGACCGAAACUUUCCGGCUAUACCAACGAAACUAAAUCAAGUCUCAGUCAACAAAAAAGCGAUUCUAGUUGCAAAGAGUACAAAUGCGAAACCUGUUGCAAAACUUACAAAUCGGAAGAUGCUCUAGUUCGACAUAGAAAGUAUGUGUGUGUCGAGAAAUCGAAAUUUUUUUGUGAUCAAUGCAGUUAUUCGAGUCACCGAAAAAAUAACGUUGAUAGACACACUCGAUACAAGCAUGCUCUUUCGAAUGAUGCACCACUCGAAAAGCCUUAUGUGUGUGUGACUUGCGGGAAAAGGUACAAAUGGAAAGGGAACCUAACUCAACAUUUGAGACUAGAAUGUGGCAAAAAACCAGGUUUCUUCUGUGCCUUUUGCGAUUUUUGUUGCAAACAGAAAGGAAGUCUUGCCAGGCAUAUUGGAUUCAAACAUGGAUUUGUCAAAUCCAAUAAUAACAAAAGCAACAGUUCGGUGUCGAUUGGUGUGACAUGCGAGAAGUGUGGUAAAACCUAUGGUUAUUUAAGAAAUUUGUGGUAUCAUCAAAAGUAUGAUUGUGGCAAAAAGGCAAGCAUAUUUUGCACAUUCUGCAGCUACUCCUGUAAACACAGGGAAAUCUUGAAAAAGCACAUUCAAAAUCAACAUCAAAGAGAUGAUUCUGUGCUUAGAUACUCGUGCAUAAAGUACAAUAGAUCGUACAAAUACCAGAGCAGCUUACGUUCCCACGUAAAAUACUUGUGUCAAAAAUAAAAUUAAAAGAACAUCUCUUCAAUACACUAUUCGUGAUUAGUUUAUCAUGAAUAUUAAAUUUGUAGAUGUUUCCACGGUAUAAUUUAUUUUACUUUGGACUAAUUUUUUUAAAAUAUUAAACUAUCUACAAUGUAUGAUUAAGUACAUACGGUAGCGAACU